AAACAAAUGGCAAAUGAAUGAUUUUGUCAUUAGCAACGAUUGCAAAGGUCGUCUGCAGUGAUUAUAAAUACUGGAAUUGAAUUGUUCUAGAUUUGAUUGUUUUGUGUUGGUGUCAGGGCCGUAAUUCCAUACCCGAGUGGAUUCAUUUAUGUUAAAAUCUGUCUGGAAUUAAUGCAAAGGGAGGAAUGCUGAGUACUACUAGAGAUUGUCUUGGUCUUCGAGUCCGUCUCAACGCCCUGCACCAAACCUGGAAGUGGCUGCACCAGACCAUCACCGUCCACGAGUACCUCAUCGCCCUGACAGCGUCCCAUAAAAACGUUUUUAUGAAAUACGGCCCCACCUGUUAGAGACAUUCGGCACAACACCUAAACCUGGCAAAAUGGCACUAGUGCACCGCAAGUUCGUCAUGAGUGCGAUCCUCUCGCGAUUCGCGCGCGCUUACUCCACCCCAGUCCAGGAAAAAGACAUUCGAAAAUCAGUAUUUAUCUCGCAGUCCAAAGACAUUUUCACUAACCUAGCCCUCGAGGACUGGCUGUACAAAAACCUCGACUUUACCAACCACCAUGUGCUAAUGCUGUGGCAGAACGACCCCUGCGUGGUCAUCGGCAGGCACCAGAACCCCUGGCUGGAGGCCAACGUGCCGGCCCUCGGGGCCCUCACGGACCAGGGGGUCGCCCUCGCCCGACGCAACAGCGGCGGGGGCACGGUCUUCCACGACCAAGGCAACCUCAAUAUGACCUUCUUCACCUCCAGGAAUCAUUACAACAGGAGGUACAACCUCGAAGUCAUCACCAGGGCCAUCUUCAGGGAGUACGGCCUCAAACUCGAGAUCACCCCCAGAGAUGACCUCACUUUACGCAACUGCAAAGUGUCGGGCACCGCCGCGAAGCUGGGGCGCCCCAGUGCGUACCACCACUGCACCCUGUUGGUGAACACCAACAAGGUGCACCUGAGCGAGGCGCUGCAGAAGUCGGACGUGGGAAUCGAAACCAACGCGACCAAGUCCACCAAAUCGAAGAUCCUCAACUUGUGUGAGGAGAACCCGAAGAUCAAAGUGCCCGCUUUGUACAAAGUGGUGGGUUGGGAGUACUUGCGCACCCACGCGUUGUCGGUGAAAGACGGCGGCAUGGAGCUGGCCAACCAGCAGAAGGGCUUCCAGAUGGUGAACCCGACCGAGAAGUGGUUCCCAGGGAUUGAGGAGAUUCGGGACAAUUUGCAAGGCUGGCAGUGGCGGUUCGGGAAAACCCCCAAAUUUACGAUCAGCCGCUCGUUCACCGUCCCCGAGCAUUUGAUCAGCCAGGAUGUGCCUGAUGAUUUGAAGGUCACCAUGGUGGUGGAAGGGGGGAAAAUCAGCGAUGUGAACCUGUAUGUUCCACCCGGGUUGGUGGCAAACGGUUUCAGUGGGAAUGUUAAUGUUAUAACUAGUCUCAUUGGGCACAAAUUUUCCGAGGAAGCCUUAGAUAAUCUGGAGUGGUCGCUCGGGGCGCUUGGUAGUGAUAAGGAUAAAUUCGUUACUGAUUGUGUAAAGCAAGUCAUGCAGUCGGUAUGACAGAAAGAUGAUUAAUCUCUCGGUCCGAAUAUGUUCCUAAUAUUUUCCUCAGCUAGUGCCAUUUUAUUGUUUUUGUUUUAAUUAAAUUAUCAUCACAUUAUUUUUAACUGGUAGAUAAUUGUGUUAUUUUCUGAUAUUCGUUAUAUUUAGAUUAAGUUCAAAACCGUUUCGAACGGUCAACAAGAAUUAAUCAUAUCAUUGUUAACUUACAUUAUUAAUAAUUGACUAAUUUUUUUCGUUUCUUAUUGUAAUGGAGCGGAGACAGCCUGAAUUUUGUAAAUAAACUUAGUUUAGUAUUUUCUUUAGUUAGCCAGCUUUUUCCUUAAUUUAGUGCUUGUUUAAUUUUCUGCAUUUUGCGUUAAGAUGUUGUGCCUUCAAAUACAUAGUUUUAAUAAUCCUAGUGAUAAGUUGUGUAAUAGAUGUUUGGAUAAUAAAAAUAUUUUUUGAACGGGAAA